AAUCGUUUGUGGGGUGUGAAACUUGGCUGGGCAGCCGCGUGGUAUGUUUGAAAAGGGCGCGCAUGGUCUCACUAAAAUUGCGAUUUACUUCAACUCGCGUUUCAUUUUUCCAUUGUUGUUGUUGUUGUUGUUGUGCAUAUAUCAAUUAAUGCUGCGCGAAGCGAAAUAAUCAGUGGACAAGCCCACCGCCCAGCCAACCGCGCCGCAAAGGAUCGACCGGCAGCGCAGCGGCCAUGAACUUCCCACUGGCGAGCGCCAACAAGGAUACGCUGAGAGCAGCCUGCAAGAAAUGCGGCUACGCCGGUCACCUGACCUACCAAUGCCGCAAUUUUCUCAAGGUGGACCCCAACAAGGAGAUCCUGCUGGAUGUGGAGAGCACCAGUUCGGACUCGGAGCUGGACUACCUCACGCCGCUCACGGAACUGAGAGCACAGGAGCUGAAGGGCGGCGCUGAGGUGAAGCCGCCAGCUGCAACGCAUCCAGUGGCAGCCACCAAGAGGGACAGGAGCAAGGACAAGAGCCGGGACAGGCUCAAGGCGAAGAAGCGUGAAAGGGAGAAACAAAGAGACCAGGAGACCGAAAAGGGGAACCGAAGCAAGAGCAAGAAGCGUAGCAACUCCAAGCGCAGCCACAAGGUGGCCGACAGAGACAAGGACAAGAAGGCGGUGCGCCACAAGAAGCAUGGAACGAAGAAGAGCCGGAAGCACAAAAAGACCGCCAGCAGCAGCAACAGCAGCAGCGAGCUGGCCAAAACCAAAACGGGCAAGCGACCCAGCAGCGGCAGCACAAGCAAGAAGUCAAAGCGACGACGCUCCUCCACCGCUUCCAGCUCGGAUUCGUCGUCCUCCUCCUCCUCAUCAUCAACCGGCAGCUCAUCGGACGACUCGAGUGAUGAGUCCACCUCGUCGGGCGAUUCGUCCGAGUCCGAGUCCGAUUCCAGCGAUAACGAGGAGUCCAGCACCAGUGAAUCGGAUGAGUAUGGACGGAAGAAGAAGCGGCAGGGCAAGUACAAGCGCAAGUCCACGGACACGGCCAUGCUGCGCCGCAAGAAGACCAAGGUGAAGCGGAAGCGACACCGCGCCGGCGGAUCCGGUGCUCCGACCGCCGGCAGCAGCUACCUGAGCAGCCUCAGCGACAGCAGCACCUACUGAGAAGGAUCUUGAUAGAACAGCAAGAGAAUCUGGAUCUGGACCAGGAUACACAGCUGCCUCCCAAAGCACACGCUCCGUAAACUAGCUCGAUUUCCAUUUUAGCCGUAAAAGAGUAGGACCGCCAGCCCGUCCUUUCUUCCACUUCACAGAGACUGCCUCCAGUUCCAGGCCCAAAACUUCCCCAUGAACUCUUCCCCGGAUUACGAUACGCAAGCACUAAACUCUAGACUUGUCCUAGCCCUUAAGUUUCAGCAUGAUGUGCUGCAAAUACAACAAAUUAGUUUGUACAAGAG